GGUUAGGCGCGCACAUUUACGCGCUGAAUUUAACAUUGGAGUCUAUGGGUUGCGCGCCGAAUGCAGUUUCAGCGCCUAAAGCACGAUGAAGCGUUGUCAGCUGAUUAUUCAUCGGCUGGUCGGCGCUGAAUUACUCGCGUAUUCGACGCUCACGAGUUGAAAUAUUCCAACUUUUCAGCGCGUCCUUGACGCGCAUACGCCGCGGCGUUUUUAUCAUCAAUCGGGUGUUUUGUUGAUAUUUAAAACAUUUGAAAAGCAUUUUUGAGAUGAGGUUAGUGUUGCUAAUAUUUUGAGUGUGGCAGUGUGUGUGUUCUGUGUUUCAUCAUCUUCCUACAUCUCCAGAAUAGCAUUAAAUGAGCUGCUCUACAAGUGACACCACCUUAGUUGAAGCCGUGAGACGUCAUGACGUGCUUUGGCGUCCUCAGGACAGCAACUACUUUAACAGAAAUAAGAAGAAGCUAGCAUGGGAGGAGGUGGCAAAGACCACUGGGAGAUCAGUUCAGGAUGCAAAAUCGAAAUGGAAAAGUCUGCGUGACUACCACCUACGCAAACGCAGGCAAUUGCCAAGUGGCUCUGGCUGCCCGCCACCAGAGAACUCCUCCUGGCAAAAGGAAAUGUCAUUUUUGGAUGAUGCCAUCAAGCCUAAACCGGUAACGACAAACUUGACGCAGCCUGGAACAGGAUCGCAAUCCUUAUUCUACUACACAAACCAAUACUCCAAUGAGCUUUGUGUGUCUGAUGAGGACAGCAGCGAGACUCAACUACCAGACGACAGUGCUGCAGCGAGCUGUGCCUCAGGAGUCCUCCCAGCUGCGACGCUCCUCGGAACGCCUCGGGUGUCCGCGGUGCCACCAGCAGCGAGCUGUGUCGCCGGCCCGAGCCAUCCGCGCUCUUCUGGCACCAACGGCCAAGUCAAGCAGGUCAGGGGGCCGGGUGCUCGUGGCGCCGAGAAGCUUGACGCCGCCAUAGCGUCCAUAGAACGCGCGGUGAGCGACCUCCGUAACCCGGACCUACUAUUUGGUCAGCUGGUGGGGUUGGAGAUGGAGCGUGUGAGGGACGACAAGAAAGCGGAUGCGAGACUGGAGAUUCUUACAGUCUUGAAAAGGGCGCAGUCCGAUUAAAAGCAGGUGAUAACCUUCGCACGGGUGGGGGAGGGGGGACGUUUUUCACACAUAUUUGAUAAAAAAUGACCAGAAUGAUUCAAAACGAUCUUAUAGCCAGACAUGUGCAUGGAUCCGAGAGGUGGAUCUAUGAUCUGAGCGGAUCUCUCGAGCUUAUGGGUAAGAUCUAUGAUCUGAGUGGAUCUCUCGACACAGUUGAGGGGUUGGAUCUAUGAUCUGAGUGGAUCUCUCGACAAAGUUGAGGGGUUGGAUCUAUGAUCCGGGUGGAUCCCAGAUCUAGAUUCAUGGGAUCGAAUUUCAGAUCCAUUUUCCCGGAUCCAUGCACAUGUCUGCUUAUAGCGAGCUAUAUAAUGCCUGUUCGGCGUCUUUCCAGCUUCCUUUGAUUCUGAGAUAAUGUGAUGCGGCCAAAUGCGUCCCCUCUCCAUGCAACCUCCACCAUGGCGAACUUUGCUGAGCCUGAGUCAUAUUCUGCGUAGUGUGUAUUUCCGCUGUCUGAUCGCUAUAGCGACCCUUUUUCAAGUUUUGAUUUAGGAGUGAAUUCGUUUACCUGGUGUUUAAAUGUUUGAGCUCCUUUGCUGUGAAGUUGAAGUUGGACGUUACGUGGUUAUCUGACUUUGGUUGUUGGAAAGGGCGACAGUUAAUGUUAUUUAUUUCCACUACUUUCGCGUGCAAUAAACGACAAAGGCCG